CCUCCUCCUCCUCCGGACUCCAGAGCUACUAACGCCGGUAGGUUAGCUGCUGUCGGUCUGUCAGCCGGAGACUCUGAGUGUAAAGGCUUUGAUUUCUCAGCUCCACCGCCCUGGAGGAGACCGCGGAAACGGCUCUGUGCGAUACCCCCCAACUAGCAAUAACUGCAAGGAGACAAGUGGACAAAACAUAAUCCCUCUACAGAAUCCCACUUGGAGAGCAGAACACUACUCCUAACACGCAACAAAAGAAAAGAACGGCACCUGAGUGACCAGCUAACAGACACGUUGAACUUUGACCAGCCGGGGCUUGAGAUAAAUGGCUGACAAGCAGAUCAGUUUGCCUGCCAAAUUGAUCAAUGGGGGGGUCGCUGGCUUAAUCGGUGUGACCUGUGUGUUUCCCAUUGACCUGGCCAAGACUCGCUUGCAAAACCAGCAAAAUGGAUCUCGCCUUUACACCAGCAUGUCAGAUUGCCUUAUUAAGACCAUCCGAUCAGAGGGGUAUUUUGGGAUGUACCGAGGCGCUGCGGUGAACCUGACACUAGUCACGCCAGAGAAAGCCAUCAAAUUGGCCGCUAACGACUUCUUCAGGCAUCACCUCUCCAAGGAUGGAAAACUCACUCUGUUCAAAGAGAUGCUGGCUGGGUGCGGGGCAGGUACAUGCCAGGUUAUUGUCACAACUCCUAUGGAGAUGUUGAAAAUCCAGCUCCAAGACGCUGGACGAAUUGCUGCUCAGAGGAAGCUGAUGCCAGAGACGGUGGCAGCAGGUACUGUGGAAACCAAGUCUCCGACAGCCAUGCAGCUCACCAGAGAAUUACUGAGGGAAAAGGGCAUUGCUGGGCUGUACAAAGGCCUUGGUGCCACAUUGCUCAGGGAUGUUCCUUUCUCUAUCAUCUAUUUCCCCCUUUUUGCCAACCUGAAUGAGCUGGGAAAAAGAGGCGCAGAAGGUCCUGCUCCUUUCUACGUGUCCUUUAUAUCAGGCUGCCUUGCAGGGAGCACAGCGGCUGUUGCUGUCAACCCUGUUGAUGUUAUAAAGACUAGACUGCAGUCCCUGAACCGAGGGAGCACAGAAGACACGUACAGUGGAGUGACUGACUGUAUCAGGAAAAUCAUGCGUAACGAGGGCCCAUCAGCUUUCCUGAAGGGAGCCUACUGUCGAGCCUUGGUCAUUGCACCUCUGUUUGGCAUCGCCCAGGUGGUCUACUUUCUGGGUGUGGGUGAAUUUCUUCUCAGCUUCUUGCCUAAAAAAGACAACUAAGAAGCAUCUCCUUUCUGCCUUCCCCCUCCCAUAAUGCAUCACACCAACUACGUGAGGAUUCAUCUCAUUCUGAAGGAAAUUCUCGAUAGGUCAUAGCAUGACCAGUCAGUGUAUUUUGUUUUAAAUCUGUUAUGUUGAAUGUUAAAAUGUUAAAUAGUUCAGGAGGGAGCCUUUGUUUGCCAAGCUGCCUACGGUGGCACACAAAAUUCCAGUCGGCAGGCUCAGCUAGCUCUCUGGAAAUGAAGCCACAAAUAUCAGUUGAAGUUUUAAAAGGAUUAUUGCUUUAUCAUUUCAACAUUUUAUUGCAUUUUUGAAUAUGAUUGUUGAAUUUUCAAAGUAGAUGUACUGCCCUCGGUUGCUGCAGUUCUGCAAACCCUACAGUACCUAAUUUCUUAAAUUCCAUUAGCCUUUUAAUGACAGAGAAGACCUUAGCAAUCCAUUUUAAAUUAUAAAUUGUAAUUAGCUUAAAUUAAAAAAUGAAAUGCACAGUCUUUACUUAGAAAGAUAUUUGAGAAUAUUACGUCUGGUAAAUUGUUGUUUUCCCCAGAUCUUGUGUCUUAAAAGUUAACUCACAUAGAAUUAGAGUAAAAGACACGCCUGCGUUUCAGACAAAGACCCAGGCACAAUGUGUUGAUGUGAUACCAGCACAGAUCCCUAUGAUCUUUCCUGAGAAGCCACAUCCCUUCCUGUAAGUGGUUGUAAUGAACUCAGCCAUUCAGCUCUGAGCACACUUUGAUUGCCUUGGCUUUUUACGUAGAUCAGGUUCCAUGUGAUAUUUAGUGCUACCACAAUGGUUCGGCUGUUUUAGCUCCUUGAAAGACAUCUCAGAUUCAUGGUUACACACUGGACUGAAGCAACAUUGUACAACAUUUGGGCAUUAUCAACAAAAAGAUGCAUGUUCCCACUGGUUAAACCUGAUACAGAAUCACACACACACACAAAAAACUGCUGCUACAUGACUUUCAAAACUGUACAUCAUGUUGUACCUCUGACCACACCCUAAUCAGGGAUGUAGCAGCAGGAGUUUUGCCUUUGUGAACGACGGGAAACACCUGCUGUGACAUCACUGAUUGGAUUGUGGCCCAAAGUGAGCAGCGGUUUUCUGCCAUGUGUGAUUCGUCGUGGAUUCAGAUGAAAGCAUUGGUUGUGAACACUAAAUGGGCUGAAAGUAAUUUUAAUAGAAAGCCACAUUAUUAGCAAUUAUGCUGACAAAUGGUCUGACAUCACCUGCUGACAUGUGCGGGUACAGUCAUCCAUUGUGGAGCCACUAAGUCAGGAGCAGCUCAUGCCCCUUAGAUACACACCUAAUUAAUUUUGUUUACAGUUGAAUUUUAAUUCUUUGUCCAAACUUGAAUUCAGUGGCAGGACCCAAAGAGCUAAUGAAAAACCAUUCUUUAUCACAGAAAUCAGUACCGAUGUGUUCUCAGUGUUCUAUGAGUUUUUUUACCAAACAUCUCUGCUUGUUUGCUUUAGAGGUUUUGUUUGCUUUAAGCUGCGAGGGAAAGCAGCCCUGUCCUAUCUUGUUUAUGCAUCACAACAACUGAAAGCCCUGCCAUUGGUUUAUCUCGUCGGAGAUCAAGGUGACUUUGAUGUGUGUUAUCCAAUCACAUUCCUUCCUUGCUCCCACUCUUCAAGCAGCUCGUCAAUUGUACUGUUGCACUGUAGACACACGAUGCAACUUUUCAAUGUAAUAUCAUUCGUGGGAGUGAGCUUUAUUUAUCAAGAUUCCUUUCUAUAGGCAGUAUAGCACUAUAUAUUUGUAUGUGUCGUUUUUUUUUCUGUGUCAAAGUGUCCACCUUAACUAUAUUGUACAUAUGCAGAUGAUAUGAACUUUAUGUUAUAGGAUUUAUUCUUUGUUUUGUACAUGAUGGCUUAUUUGCACACCUACCUCUCCAGCUCCCCCCUUCCCCCCCUUCAAUUCAUAUCGUGGUGAUUUUAUGUUAUGAUGAUGUGGACAUAUCAAAUGAAGUAAUUUUAAUGCAACAAGCAUCAUUUGAUUUUAAAUGCAGCAUAUUAAUGAGGUUUUUUAUUUUACUGUAUGCAAAGGGGAACACUAGUUUAGAUCUUGUUCGAUGGUUUUCUUGGAGGUGCCAUUUCUCUCGAGCGGUUGGUUAAGUGUGUGGGUCAACCGGUUUCCUACUGUUUAAUCACCUGGGACCAAAUGAAGCAUCGUAUAAUGCUCGUAGACAUGUAGUUAGUUUUAAAGGGAAUGACUUAUGGCACAGUUAUGGAAAUGAAAUGUAAUAUGCCCUGGACAAGGCCAGUAGGGACCUGUAGUCACCAGGCUGUAAUGUAGGUCUGUUUGAAUGGUGCUUCUCUCACGAGGCUGCUGCAAUAUAACGGUGGCAGCGCUAACGACCAAGGCUGUACUGACUGAAUCACAUGUGAGCUAAUCUCAGCGUUCUCAAUGUUUUACCUGAAAGCCAUAGGUCAGGGAGGGACUACUAGACAUCCACUGGCACCUCCAGCUGUGACGGCACAAGCUGAGCCAACUCGGCUUCAUUAGAUUACUUGUUGUAGUUUGUUGACAUUCCGAGUUCAUCUCAUAUACGCUAAUAUUAUGAUCACAAUGCCUAUUUUUUGUGUGUGUGUGUGUGUUAUUGAGAUUAUUGUCGAUUAAGAUCUUUUGAACCCCCGCACCCCUCCCCUCACCGUUUUUAAUCUGUUUUUCGGUUGAAUCUUGAAAAUGUCGUGCGAGUCGUUUUGUUUUACUCAGCUGUGAAUUUCCACUGACCUUGUGCAUUUGGUUCUGUAUGUGUGUCUGACGGUGUAGUGCUGUAGUUGAUGUGUAGUCGUUAGUGUGACUCUGCAGUAUUUUUCUCUUUAAUUGUCAGUCCGAUGCUCUCUCUCUCUCUCUCUCUCUCUCUCCCUCCCCUGUUUUUCAUUCUAUCUGUCACACUUCCUCUGCCAUCUACUCUAUCCAGCAUCCACCGCCAGGGUGCAGGGUAAACACAGAGGAACUUUUAAAACACCAAAUGUAUGACUUAGAGUGUAUACAAUCAAAGAAAGCACAAAGGAUUAUUAGGCACAAGAGACCACGUGGCCCACUUUCGAGUUCUUGGAAAUCCGUGUGCUGCUUUUGCAGAUAUGAAUAUUAUUUCUGUGCAGAUGUUGAUUGAAAUGAACUUUAUAGUCUUGUAAGAAAAGUUUAUCUUUGUCUGUAAAACUGGAUCCAUAGGGCUGAGACGACAGGUCAUUAUAAGAGACCCACGCGAUGGCGUCCACUAUGUUACCCCAUCAGCAGUUAUCCACAAAAUGUAUAUCGCCUACAUAUUCUAAAUGAAUCAGAUAUAAGAAUGUAACUUAGAUAUUAUAAGAUGUAUUAUAAUUAUAGUGAAGAGUUUAUUACAUUUUAAUCUAAAGAUUUGUGCUUUACACGUUCACUGAAAAAUUCAUGAACCAGCUCACUGAUAUGCAAUAAGUAGAAACCACACACAGACACACCACGGAUGGAAAAAGACAAAAAAAAAACACACAGAAAAGAAAAACACCUGUCAAUCACAACAUCACUCAAUGUAUGAAUAAUGCAACUGGGGACCUUGGAGGCCUUUUGGGGUCUGAGCUCACUUUAGGCCUCUUUUCUCUUCCUCCAAGAGGAAUUGUGCAUCAUAGCACUUUAAAACAAGGACCCCCCACCCCCACUGUCCACCUAUGAAGUCUCUCUCUAUGACGUAGAGGGUGUUUAUGAAUAUGUGUGGUGAAUGACACAGUUGUCCCAGACAUUGUUUACAAUGCGAUGGAAAAAAAAAAAAAGAAGAAAAUAUUGUGUUCCCUGUCACAAUUUGCUGUUAAAUAAAAUGACUGUCCUUAAAUCGA